UAUGCAAUAACAACGAAGUAACUUUGGUUAACAAAUCUUCUAAAAUGAUAUGACUAAUCCAAAUAUCAAUCCCAACGAAUUCAUGAUGUAGAAUAUGAUGAAAAUAUUUCAAUAACAAAUGAUGUAGAUGAUGCAAAGCUAAUCAUCUGGUAUUGGAAAUACUUAUGUUUAGGUUUUGAUUUAGAAAAAUUUUACCAUAAUAAAGUAUAUGAUAUGAAUUAAUUCUACAAUCAAAUGAAACCUGAAGAAUGCUAAUUACAAUAGUCUUCGAAAUUUAUAAAUACUUAUAAUCCUACCAAAUAUUAAGAAGUAAGUAUUAGUUUUAAGUAGGAAACCAAUGUGAACACUAAUAGAUAACUACAUUUUGAUGAUAUAUAAUUAACAUAAAAUUACAGAAAUGAGUUUCAUGAUUAUAAUUUACCAGAAAAUGAUGAUUUUAAUUAAUAUAAAAAUAAAUAAGAUCAAAAAUAACGUUAACAAAGACAGUAUGAAUAAGGAGAUUAGAGAUCAAUUAAAUAAUAAUUAUAAAAUUUUGAUUAAUCAGAUAAUGAUGACAAUUACAUUAAAUAAUAUAAAUAACAAUAAAAAAAAACAUCAAAUUUUGAUGAUAUGUCUAUAUAAUAAGCAAAUCAUGAUCAAUAAUAAAUUAGAUCCAAUCUAAAAAAAAAUACUUUAUUUUAAUAAGAUGAAUGUGAUUUUAGAUAAUAAUCUAAUCCAUUUGAUGAAAUGCCCAUAAAACCAAUGAAAAACAAUAAUAUUGAAGAUAUGACUCUCAGAAAUAAAAAAUAAGAUGAUUUUACUAAAAAUUAAUAGUAAGAAAUACAAUCGUAUUAGAAAUAAUAGAAAUAGUUCGAUGAUCAAACAAAUAAGAAAACAAAUUACUCUAACCCUUUUGAUGAAAUUCCAAUUUAAUCAUAAAAGCAAAAUUAAAAUAUUUUUGACGAUAUUCCUAUUAAAUCAAAUAAAAAUUAAGCAUUUGACGAUAUUCCUAUUAAAACAAAUAAAAAUUAAGCAUUUGACGAUAUUCCUAUUAAAACAAAUAAAAAUUAAGCAUUUGACGAUAUUCCUAUUAAAUCAAAUAAAAAUUAAGCAUUUGACGAUAUUCCUAUUAAAACAAAUAAAAAUUAAGCAUUUGACGAUAUUCCUAUUAAAACAAAUAAAAAUUAAGCAUUUGACGAUAUUCCUAUUAAAUCAAAUAAAAAUUAAGCAUUUGACGAUAUUCCUAUUAAAUCAAAUAAAAAUUAAGCAUUUGACGAUAUUCCUAUUAAAACAAAUAAAAAUUAAGCAUUUGACGAUAUUCCUAUUAAAACAAAUAAAAAUUAAGCAUUUGACGAUAUUCCUAUUAAAUCAAAUAAAAAUUAAGCAUUUGACGAUAUUCCUAUUAAAUCAAAUAAAAAUUAAGCAUUUGACGAUAUUCCUAUUAAAACAAAUAAAAAUUAAGCAUUUGACGAUAUUCCUAUUAAAACAAAUAAAAAUUAAGCAUUUGACGAUAUUCCUAUUAAAUCAAAUAAAAAUUAAGCAUUUGACGAUAUUCCUAUUAAAUCAAAUAAAAAUUAAGCAUUUGACGAUAUUCCUAUUAAAACAAAUAAAAAUUAAGCAUUUGACGAUAUUCCUAUUAAAACAAAUAAAAAUUAAGCAUUUGACGAUAUUCCUAUUAAAUCAAAUAAAAAUUAAGCAUUUGACGAUAUUCCUAUUAAAUCAAAUAAAAAUUAAGCAUUUGACGAUAUUCCUAUUAAAACAAAUAAAAAUUAAGCAUUUGACGAUAUUCCUAUUAAAACAAAUAAAAGCACAUUUGAUGAUAUUCCUAUUAAAACAAAUAAAAACUAAGAUUUUGAUGAAAUUCCUCCAAGAAAUAAUUUAAAAAAACCUCUUGAUGAGGCUAAUUAAGAUGAUUAAGGUCGCGUAAAGAAGAAAUCUUUCUUGAAAAAAGGAACAAGAUAAUUUUUAUCAAAUGCUUAAUAAAGAUCUGAUAUUGCUAAGAAAGAGCAUGCUGAAAUUUUAAAAGAAAAUAAUGCUUCAGGUACUCCACUUUUGUAAAAUUAAAACAAUUAAAUUAAACCUUAAAGAAUAUAAUAACAAUAAUAAUAAAAAGUUGAAUUUAAGUAGGAGUAAAAAGAAGUCUAAUAAAGACCAAAAAAAUAAGAAUUAAUAAAGGAAUAACCUAAAUAAUAACAAGCUAGACAAUAAUAAUCAUAAGUACAGUAAAAAUCUCUGAAAUAAAAAGAGGAAUCUGAUAUAAAUUAGGAUUCAUAUUAAGAAUAUUAGUUUGAUGAUAAUGAAGAUUGGAAUGAUGAACCUCCUAAAUAAUCAAAGAUUGCAACCUCUUAUUUUGGAUUAAAGAAAGAAAAGGAUGCAAAAGAGAAAAAAUAAGAAAAAGCUUAACCAUAAGAAAAUGAAGAAGAAAUUGUUAGAAAAUAUGUCUAAGAUAAGAUUGAUAAUUUAAAUGCUGAAAUUGGUAAAUUUAAAAGUGAAAAUGAAAAAGUUAAGAAAGCAAAAGUAAAAUGUGAUGAUUAGUUGAAAUAAUUACAAAGAGAGAGGGAAGAAUGGGAAAAGUAAAAAGAAAUAGAAAAACUUGAAUUAGAAGAAUGGAAAGAAGAAGAGAAAAAGAAAAUGUUGAGAGAAAAAAGAAUUUAAGAAAGGCAAUAAAAAACUAUAUAAAAUUUACCUAAUAGAAAAGAGAGAGAAGAAAUAGAAUCAUUGAAAUAACAGGUAUAAAAAUUAAUGGAAGAAUAAAAGCAAAAAGAUUAAAAGAAUAAACUAUCUUAUGAUAGAUUAAAGAAAUAAAAUGAAGAACUCUUAUAAAGAAAUUAAGAAUUAUAAGCAGAAGUAAAAGCAUUGGAACUUAGACUUUUAGAAUAAAAACGACCAAACUCUUAAGCUACAAUUUAAUAAAGCAAAUCAUAGUAAAUCUAAUUAAAAUCUAAUCUUUCUGGACUUUCUUAAAAGAAAGAAGUUCCUUAAUAAAAUAAUAGAAGACAAAGUCCAACCAGUUUUGGGGAGGAAUUAUAAAUUAAGCAUAAGCAAUCAAUAAAAGAAUAUAUUAAAUAAAAUUCAGAAGUUGAUGAUGAUAACAAUGAUGAAGAAUAUUAAAAUGAAGACAAUAGUGAUGAUGAUUAAUAAUAUAAUGAUUGUAGAUAAGAAUAAUAGAAAAGAAACAUUUAAUAAUAAAAUAGUAAAAAAAAAUAUGAUUUAAUUGAAAUGUAGAAUGAGGGCAUCCCAUUUACUAUAAAAAAUAUAAAUAGUUUGAUUUCUGAAUAGGAAUUUAACUAUGAUCAAAAUCGUUUCUACCAAGGCUACAAAAAGAAUAAGGAUAUUCCUUCAAAAAUAAUUAAUCAUAAUGUUGGACCUGAUGGUAAGAUAUCAAGAUAAUAUUCUAAUGGUAAAAAAGAAGUAGUUUUCCAUAACGGAGUCAAAAGGGAAGUAUUUCCUGAUGGAUAUGUUAUUGUUCACUUUACAAAUAAAGAUAUAAAAUAAACUUUACCUAAUGGAACAGUAAUAUAUUACUUUGCUGAUGCUAACACAACUUAGAUUACAAUUUCAAAUGGACCAAAUGUAAUAUAUUUACAUAUUUUUAAGAUUUACCGAUUUUCUAAUUAAUAGAUUGAGAUACAUCUUACUGAUGGCACUAAGGAAAUUCGAUUUGGGGAUGGAACUGAAAAGUACAUUAAUGAUAGUGGUGAAGAAUAGACAUUUUUUAGUGAUGGGAUAAUAUAAAAAAUUAAUAGUUAAAAAGUAAAGUAAAUUGAAUAUCCAAACGGAAAUGUAGAUAUAAUUUAUCCUGAUGGCCAGAUAUAGAGAUAGUUUAGGAAUUGA